AGUUGUGACAGGGGAGGAAGGCAAGAAGAACACGGGGGUCCUGGAAGAAGCUAAACAUAAUCUAAUCAGUAAUCCAGUUUUUCAGAUGUGAGAGGCAUUGGAAUAGGAGGUGGGUCCGAAUUUCAAUGUCCGAAUUAUAAUGUUGAAACUACGCCUGCUCUUCUAUUUUCCCUUUAAUUUGCCACUCUCCACACUCAUUCACUCUCUCUCUUCCAAAUUCCACCUCUAUUUACGGGCUUACUAUUAUUACAUUCAUCGGACUUCCAACACCUUUCAUUGUACUCCAAUCUCACCCUUUUUUUCUGGUUACUAUCAAUUUUCUCAAUUUAUCGUUUCUUCUCUUUUAAUUCAGGGGCCUGCUGAAUCAAUCAUUCAUUCCACAUUCUAUCUAAUGUUGCAUUUUGACAACAGUCUCGUCGAUAAAAUGGUAGCUGCAGUGGCAGCCUCGGCAGUAAUGCAGUCUUCACCGAGGCUUUUCCGGUCAUCGCCUUCAUCUGUUUCUCAUUAUACAUCAUCUAGAUCACCACAUUUUUCAUCUAUCUCCUCCACCCUUCACUUCAACAAUCAUGACUGCAGUUCUUCACUGUUUUUGAUCAGCAAAAACCGUAGCUGUAGUAGUAGCAACCCAUUUAAACUUCAUCCUCGUCCGCUGUUCAAGCCAGUUGCAGCCCUUGGCUCUGAUCUUCCUCAUCCUAUUCAACCGGGAGAGGAAGGAGCUAAAUUUGGUAUAAAUGAUGAGACAAUUAAGCAAUGGGAUGGGUUGACGGCAAAGUUUGCUGCUGCUGCCAAUAUUCCGUUUCUCAUUCUUCAGCUGCCUCAGAUUUUGCUUAAUGCUCGUAAUCUUAUGGCAGGCAACAAUUCUGCUCUUUUGGCUGUUAAUUGGCUGGGCUCCCUAACUGGUUUGCUUGCGAAUCUUUCGCUGCUUUCAUACUUUGCCAAGAAAAAGGAGACCGAAGCAAUGAUAGUGCAAUGCCUGGGAGUUGUUACCACUUAUGUAAUGAUUUCACAGCUAGCAAUGGCUGAAGCAAUGCCUUCUCUUUAUUUCAUUCUAACCUCUGUAGUGGUUGGCACUGGUGUUGUCUCCAAUUUUCUCAAUUACUUUGGCAUUCUUCCGUCUGUUAUCUGGGGUUUGUGGGAAGAUUUUCUCACUGUCGGAGGGCUUUCUGUCCUUCCCCAGGUUAUGUGGUCUACAUUUGUUCCAUAUAUUCCAAACAGCAUUCUUCCUGGGGCUAUAUCUUUCGUCAUAGCCAUGGUAGCAGCUGUUAUGGUUAGAGCGGGUAAACUCUCUGAGAAAGGUGUCAAAUUUUAUGGAGCUAUAUCAGGGUGGACUGCUACCCUUCUCUUCAUGUGGAUGCCAAUUCCACAAUUGUGGACAAAUUUCCUAAAUCCUGAUAACAUAAAAGGCUUGUCGGCUUUAACAAUGUUGCUGGCAAUGGCUGGAAAUGGAUUGAUGAUUCCACGUGCGCUUUUCACCCGUGAUUUUAUGUGGUUUCUUGGUUCGUCUUGGGCAUCUUUUCUGUAUGGCUGGGGGAAUCUCGUCUGCAUGUACUUGUUUAACAGCAUCAGUCGGGAGUUUUUCUUUGCAACCACAGCAGGCUUUCUUAUGUGGAUAGGAAUUACAUUUUGGAAGGACAGUCAGGCAUACGGACAUUCAUCUCCCUUGAGGUCUUUGAAGGAACUGCUAUUUGGGUCAUAAUAUUGAACAAUUUCCACUUCAGUUUAAGAAUUUAGAAAAGCAGAAAUGAUUUUAGGACAAUAGACUUAUAGACUAGAUUCCUCAUGCAUGCAUAAUUGCAGUUUCUUUGUCACCUGACUCAAAUAAUAAGAUGUAUAACAUGAUUGUGUUUUAACACUUACAAUCUUGGUCUGUAUGAAAGAGUCUUCGACUCAUUUAUAUUAUAGAAGACACAUUUAUGUAAUGUAAAUAUUAUCAAUUUUUGGAAUAAAUAGGUUGAGCUUUAUGCUUUCUUUCCUAUA